CGGCAUUUGUUCACGGAAGGCCGGGCAGCAAAGCAACGAUGCCCAUGAGUGAUGUGGCCGCCGCUUUAAACUACACAGAACAGUCCAACAACGCUGCCACAAAGCACGCCAAGACGUCAGUAGGAGCAAAUGCAGCAACCAUGACCAACUCAUCCAAGUCGGAUGUGAUUGUGGGCAGUGCCGCCGCUGCCGCUUCCCAGCUGGGCAGUAUGCUGUCUCCAACCUCCAGCCUGUCGUUGGCCGCUCUUCAAGGUCAGAAGUGGCAACAGGUCUUUGAUCUGGACAAGAUGAUUAAGCAGUUGCGUGCCGCUGAAAAGACACAGCUACGUGGAGGUGGAGGUGGAGGCGGGACCCGUGCUGUGUUGCAGGUGCAGCGUUUAAAUGCGGCCGACAUGGGUUACUAUGACAUGGUGCCAAAGCAGGCAGCGCGCGACAUUGUGGUGUGUAAUGCCUGCAAUGGCAGCUACACCAAGGCCGGUUUCAACAAUCACAUUGCACUGCAGCAUCCCAGUAUUUGGGAUGCGGUGCCCAACAAGCUCAACACGACGGAGACGACGUCGACGACAUCAACAUCACGUUCCUCUCAAGCCGCAACGCUGGCGGAGCAAAACAGUCAGGAUGGUGUGCGUGAUCCGGCGGAAUUGUUAGGUUCACCCACAGACACAUUGUCGGCCACGAUGUCCAGUUGUUCGAAUGGAUCAAGCAGCUCUUUGGCUGCCAUCAAUAAUAAUGCAACACAUGUGUCGAGCAGCUCGGCAACUUCGUCGACAACGUCCUCAUCUCGUCACAAAAGCAGCAGCAGCAAGAGUAGCAGUUCCUCCAAUAAGACGAGCAGCAGCAGCACAAGUCGUUCGCGUUCCAAGUCAUCCAAAAAUCGCCAUCACUCCGAGUUGCAUCACAAAGUAGCAGCAGGAGGUGGCUCCAAGAAGAGCGCCAGUGCCAUAGCAGCAACAGUUGCAGCUGCUGCCGCGCCGCCUGUGGCUGUCAAGGAUGAUGUGGCCGCAACAGGCGCAACUGCAGCCAUUACGGUGUUUUCCUCUUCCUCCUCCAAUUCAUCCUGCUCGCUGCCCACAACGCCCGCUGCAGCUGCUGUCGCCGCCAGCAAUGGCAACGAGAAUGUCAACAACAGCAACUACUCGCCUGCUCCCAGUUUGCUGGAGGAGACGCAGCCAAGCAAAAAGAAGCUGAAAGCUGCCGGAGAAGCAGCUGCAACGCAUCACCGCAGCAACAAACCCGCCAAGGAGAAACAGCAGGCGCCGCUUUACGAACAGCAGCAUCAGCACCAGCUGAGUGAACUGGAUCAGGCCGUGUCCUCGAUAACAGGACACGAGGAGCAGCAGCAGCAGCAACAGCCACGCCAGCAUCAAGUGGAUCUCUCGGCAGUCGCUGAGGAACCGCUGCCCAUGCACAACACCUCCGAUGACAACUCGAUAUCGCUGACACUGGACGAAAUGCUCGACAGCAAGUUCAUCAACGAAAUUCUUAACACCGUGGAGUCGGAUAUACCAUUCGAUGAGAGCGCAUUGGACACCUCACAGUCGCAUUCACAGCCACAGCAGCAGCAUCAAGCGUCGCAGCAGCAACACCAACUCCAGGAGCAAAAUGCGCCGGCUACAAAACGUUUGCGUUACGAUGACGGCACCAUUAAUGCGGAUCCCAACGAAUAUGCCACAGCGUUGUAUCAACAGCAACAGCAAGUAUUUGGAGAGGAUUCGCAACACGAGCAGGAGCCACAGUUGACAGCCAUAAAUGCGAUGCAGUUGCAGCAAUUGAUCUACCAGCAGCAGCAAAUGCUCGAAGCAGAUCAGCAACAACAGCAGCAACAUCAUCAGCAGCAACAUCAACUGAAGCAGGAACUCAACGAAGAGGCAACAGCACAAUUUAGUGUUUAUGAUGUGCCCUCGUUGACGGAUGAUGCUGAAGUGACGACAGCAGAGGUGAACGCAGCAGGCGGAGGAGCAACGACGACGACGGGAGAUGAGCAUAUGAUGCUGCCAAGUAUUAUCUAUGAGAUUACGGACAAUAAUCAGGUGUCGGUGCUGGAUCAACAGAGUCAGCAACAGGUGAUUGCCGAGUUUCUCACCCAGGCGGGUUACGACAAUGUCGAUGUGAAUGUCCUCACAACAACAACUGGAGCGACAGCUGGAGCGGUAGCUGCAACGGAUGCCAAUCAUUUCAAUGAUGAACUAAGCGAUUUUGACUUUACGAAACUGGAGACUGUUAGCGCGGCGGAAGCCAACAACAACCAUACAAAGACUGUCAAGCUGGAAGCCCAGCCUCAACCACAACCAGCCACCAACAACAACACAACCUACAAUAGCUACGAGAGUGAACCUAUAGCGCAACCACAUCGCCAACUGGUCAAUGCCAAAUAUCACGAGGAUGCUGCCACCUACUUUAAUAUGACACUCUAUGCGGGACCGCCACGUCCGCUGGCCAUGAACACGUUUGGCCUGGUCAAGUUGCCCAAUGGCAUGGGCGCCACCCUGCGCAAGAAUCUGCUGAUGACGCGCAAGGCGAAUCAUGGCCUGCUCUCGCUCAAUGGCACCAAUGGCAAUGGCAUUGUGGGCACUCUAGCUCGUCCACCGCCACCGCCGCCGCCGUCGUCACACGCUGGCCACUGCAAUGGCUCCAGUAAUCCAACAACAGCUGCCCAACAGAUGCUGAUGCUGCCACGUAAUCCUGCCCAGGGCAAAACGAUAUAUGCACAGAAAUGCAGCAUCAUUGCGCAAGAGCGUUUGAGAUGUAACAAACGCACGCUGCUGAGUCGCCUGACGAAUAACAGCAAUAGUUUGACGGUGAAGCGACUCAAUGAACUGCUUGCUGGAAAGUUAAAGCCAGAAAAGUUGGAGCACAAUGAUGCCAGCGAUCAGCAGCAGCUGUUGGAGCAACUGCAACAGCAGGAGCAGCACAAGCGCAUGCACAGUUUCUAUGAAAAGAGACGCAAAUUGCUGGCCUCACGACCACAACGUCACUCCCCGGUUGGCAGCAGCAGCAACAGCAACGGCGGUCAUAGCCAUGGUCGACCAUUGAUGCGACAGCGUCCCCUGCACUUGCCACUGCAGUUGCAAAGUGGCGUCGGUGUCGCUGUCAAUCCUAUGGGCAAUGCGAGUCCACAGCAUCAGCUGCUCAAGAAACAAUUGCUGCGCACGCUCUCCGAUAACAGCAACAUUUGCAGUGGUGGAGGUAGUGCAGCCAUUGGUGUAACAGCAGGCAAUGGGAGCAGCGUCAACAACAACAGUAAUCCAUGGAAGAGCAACAGUUCCACGCCGGGCAGCAGCUCGGCGAGCAGCGACUUAAUGCGUGUGUUUGUCUGAAUCGAAGGAGAAAGCUAAGCAAGCAAACAAAUGAUUAUAAUUACGAUUAGUACUAUGAUUACGAUUAAUUCUUAAUGUUUACGUAGCGCUAUUGUUUUAUUUUUAUUUAAUUUGGGGAAAAUUGUAUUUAGCAAUUUGUUGUGUUUUAAAUCAAUUAAUUUCAUUUUUUUUUAAAUGAUAAUUAUUGUAGUUUUGGUAACAAACAACAACUUCGAUUGUAGAUUUUCAGUUAGUCUAAUGCAAUAGUUUUAAUUAAUUUCGAUGUUAAGUUAAAGCAGCAUUAUGAUAAUAAUCCCCCUCCCUUUAAUUUAUACCGUAUAAAAGAUUUAAAUAUAAUAUACAUAAUAUAAAUAUCGAUAUAAAAAAGCAUUUUAGUUAUGUUGGGGAAAUAUAAUUAGAAAUU